AUGACUAACAAAAAGUCACGCAAAAAUGAAGAUUUCAAAAAAGUGAAACUGAAAGUGGGAAAGAAACUCAAAAAGACGGCCACAACCGACACCACGAUUACAGGUCCUAGCUUUAUCCACUACCUAUUAAUUUAUUUUUUCAGCUAAAAGAGUUGUACUGACGACACAGUUUGAGCAAAAGACUCAUACUGAAGAAAAGCCGUUGUCAUUUCGUGGCCUGACAUUGGAAGAGUUGAGCAAGCAGUUGGGACAUUUUAAUACGGUACUUUGCAACGAAAAACAUUUUUUUUUAUUUUGCUAUUUUCAGAAUAUUAGAAAAGACGCGAUUGUGGGUAUCAAGCAGUUACUUACUUCAAGGCCCGAUUUGAUUUCCUCGCAAUUGAGAACUUUGAUUCCUUCUAUUGCCAGAUUAAUCAGCGAUGUUAGUGAAGAUAGGGAUAUGAAAAAUUUUUUUAAAUAGAAAAAAAAAAAAAAGUUUUGUUUCCCUAGGUCCUAAACCUAUCAGAAAGAUUAUUUGGAUCGAUUAAAAAAAGUGAAAUCAAUUAAGUUUAUUUAAUUUUAAAAUUGGGUAAAAUAACAAUGUUUUUUUGUUCUCUAUCCUGAUUUUUACUCAAUUUUUUUUCGUCGGUUAGCUGAAAAAAAUCGGUUUUUCUAACUUUUUAUAUUAUGUAGUCGUUGCUUCACGAUACUUACUUUUUCUGAGAAAAAGAUUCUUUUAUUUUUCUAUUUCUAAAAGAAAAAGUUUAGGCCCGAGAUUCUGCGAUGAAUGGCCAACUCAAAUCGUUAUUAAAAGUCUGUAAAAACUUCAAAUUUUGUUUAAAAAAAUGUCCUUUUUCCAGCUUUUAUGUACGGCUCCAAGUGAUUCGAUGGCGGCGCAUAUAACUCUAUUCUUGGCCCACGUUUUCCGUGGCCUCACUCACAUGGAGUUGCCGUAAGUUUUAGGGUGUUUAAAGGCUCAGGAGGAGAAGCUUGAAAAAUUGCCGUAAAAAUUUUUUUUUUUGACUUUGAAGACCAUAAAACCUGGAUUCUGUUUGUAAAGAAGCAGAGUUUUGUUGAAAAGUCUCUUUUUUUCGGAAACAUGCGCCUUUAGACAAUCCAAAACAGAAUUCAGAACUCAAAUUUAUUUUUAUUCUUUAAAUUGGGCUGUAAAUAAAACCUUUUUUGAAAAAAAGAGAAACUAUUUUUUUCACGGAUUAUUACAGUAAAACUCAUUCUUCUUGUUUUAACUUUACUCUGAAACGUAUCUAAACCCUCUUUUUUUGGCUUUUCGAAUAUUUUCGUUUCCAAAUAUUCAGUUCAGAAGUUCAAAUUUGAAGGAAAUUUGAAAUUUCUGCCGUUUUUCAAAGUAAUUUCCGCGAAAUUAUCUCUGAUUAUCCAAAAUCCAGUUAUCUUUUUCUCUGGCGGCUGUAUUGCGGAAUCACUUAAUUACGGAAUUCACUUCACAAAUUUACAUCAAAAAGACGUAUUUUCGGAAAUUCCUCUUUUUCUGCUUCUUUGAAUCCGGAUUUGUAGGAAAAAGAUGGGUUUUCAUUUUAUUUUUCUAUUUUCCUAUGUCAAUUUACAUGUGCUAGUAUCACAGUAUCUUUUCCAGAGUCCGAAAUUUCGCCCUAUCGAUUCUGGCGAUUCUGAUGGCCGCCUAUCCUCAGCUCUGCCGGAACAACGCCGAUCUCUUCCCUUCUUUUGUCAAUUUUCUCGGAAGUUCCCGGAAACCCAAUUGGAAUGCUCCCAACUUCCUGGAGACCAUUGUUUCAUUUCUAGAUGUUUUUUUUUCGUUUUCUUUUCAAAGAUAAUCAAUUUCUUCCAGAUUUAUGACGUUUCGAAGCGUCGAGAAGUGAAGCCGUGCGAAGUUGAAAUCAGUUUUGAUAAAAUAACGAUGAAAGGAGAUUUCGAUUUGAUUUCAAUAUUUCGGGAGGUUAGUUUUUUUGGUUUUGAUGAGAUGGUGGUAAUUUUUUGUGAUGAUUAUUUGAGAUUUUUCUAAUAAAUGCAGAUUUGCAAGUUUUUAAAUUUUUGAUAUAUUUUUCAGAACUUUCACUCGCCAAUAAUAUUGAUUUUCUAGUUAUAUCAAUACCAUCUUAACCCAUUGAACCAAAGAACGAAGAACAGCACCUCGACUUUAGAGUUUAUUUUGCCCCUUGAGUAAAUAUUUAUACUCGACCAUUUUCUGGUGUUGAAUUUGACAAUUUUUCUUUUAGCUAGCUAUAGUUUCAUAGAUUUCAACAAGGAAAUAGGCAAAUUCGGAAAGGGUGGAAAAAGGCUCCAUAGAAAUGUUUCUGUCAGGGUUACAAAGGUUCCGUUUCGAUGCCUUUUUGCGCCAUUUUCUCGGCCCUUAUGCACCUUUUUUGCUGCCUUUCCCUUUUUCCACUGUUUCUCGAGCCUUUAAGAUCCCAGAAAAAUGGAAGUAUUGAUAAAGGGAACCUUUUUGCUGCUUUUUGCUGCCUUUUUGAUGACUUUUUGCUGCCAUUUUGAUGCCUUUUUGCUGCCUUUUUGUUGCCUUUCUGCGGCCUUUUUCGAGCCUCUCCCUUUAAGCGGCCAUUAUCACCGCUCCGAUUUUGCCCGAGUUAUUAAAAUUAACAGCUGGAAAUUUAAAAAAUGUCAAUUCGAUAUCAGGAAAACGCGUCUCCUUUCGAUUUCCCCGUGUUCACGACGACGAAAAGCGCCUCGGUCUCUCCUUUCGAACUUCCGACGGCCUUUUUGGACCUCAGCAAAGUCCUGGCCCCGCUCUUGAGUAAGUAAUAUCAGUGUAGAGUACUGAGUUUCCUAUCCUCGAUUUUUUUUUCUCUUAAAUUUGAGCUAAGUAAUUUUCCUAGCAGACACUUAUCAUGUUCAAAAUACAAUUGGUGUUGAAAUCAAGGUCAAAAAUUAUUAAAUUUCUCAAGUUUAAUAGUUUUUCUAUUGUUUUAGCUUUGAAUAUUGGUUUGUAGCUCUUGAUGUUUCCAAUGAUUUAGAUGAAUAUGUAUUAUUAAGCGUGUUAUUCUUUACCAGCAGACACUAGGAUCUGUACAAAAAAAUAAUUUGCGUUGAAAUUUAGAUCAAAAAGGAACAAAAUUCGCUUUUUCAAUAGUUAAUUUUCAAAUCUUAGCGCUUUUUUUGGCUCAAAAAUCAUAAUUUCUUGCAGAUUUGCCCUAUCAAGUGUAAAAUCCAGAAAUUGGUUGCUUUUUAUUUCCAGCGGCCUGUAUUCUGGAAGACAAUAAAGGCGGUUUCGUUUCUGACGCUUGCAAGAUGUUGGAAACGAUCGGCCGAGCGGCUCAAAGUCAACCGAAUGCCUUUUUGAUGCCCGAUUUUAAGGUGAAAUAAUUUAGUUUUUUGAAGAAUUUAAGAAUUUGUGUGAAAAUUGACAGCAAAAAUAAUUUUAAAAAAAUUUUCCCUCAAAAUUUGCAAGCUUUUCACUAUUUUCCGAGUGACGUGGAGAAAUUUCGAAGUAGUUUUCUGGAAAAAAAAUUUUCCCAGUUUUUUUCAAUGUUUUUUUCUGGUACCUGAAUGCGAAUUCUGCGCUCUGAAAUUUCAUCUUUUUUUUGUUUCAUAGAAUCAUUUUUCAGCAAAAAGCCCAAAGCUCCAUGGAACAGGUGAAGAAAGCGGUGGGAUUGCGGAAAAAAGGCUCAAAGUUAAGAAAAUCGGCUGAUUGGCUCUUUGUUUAG